AUGAUUGCUAGCUUCGCAGCAGAGGAAAAGUGGAAGAGUGAACUGGUUGUGGCACAGGCGGCCAUGAGAGACAAAGCCCACGUGGGCCUGACAACGCUGCUUCGUCAAGUGGGCGCAGUCGAGUGCAGGUACGAAAGUACAGCUGCUUCCGCAAGGCACUUCGUGUGCCUUCAGGGCGCAAUUGCCUUGAUCCUCGCAGCCAGGAGUCAGGACACACGGCUCGCUGCGCCAGAACGCCUUCAGGCAAAGACAUGGCUGGAAAGUCUUGGCACGGAGGCUGCAGUAGAGGCGGGGCUCAUCGGAGACUGGAGCACGGUGGCCUUGACAUACAUCAGACAAGACGACAGAGCAGAUCCGGACCCUGCCGUGGCUCUUCGCCACAAAGAAGACUAUUUGGAGAGAGUCCACAACCUGUUUGUGCGAGGCCAGAUCGUGUUCCAAGCCAGCUCCGAUGACCAGACUUGCUUUGCCACUGCCGUCCAGUUUGCCAAGGCCAUUCCUCCAAUCUAUUACGGCUGCCAGGUGAAGGUGUUGUGGCAGGAGGAACUGGCGGCGGAGUCCUGUGCCAGAGCUAUGAUCCACAUGAAACAGGUUGCCUUGGAAGCGUCAGGCCGCCUCCAAGCUGAACUGGAGCACUCUUUGAUCAUGGAUUUCGCUUGCUUCGACCUUGCUCUCUGGCAGCGAUCACAGGAGAUGCUUGUCGGGCCGAAUCCAGACAUAGAGGGUCAUUCGGUCCUGACAGGCAAUCUCUGGAGCCGUCUUUCAAGUUUGCUGCGAGCUGGCAACAAGUUUGACAGAGAGCAUGUCGGCGAGGCCAAAGAAGAACUCAGCAGCGUAGCGCUGAUGCUGCUUCGGGAUUUCCGCAAAGCCCGCGACCGAUGUGGGGAGGGGGACGCCGACAACCGUGAGUUCUGGAUGCGAGCAGCUAGCCCAUCCUUCGCAUCCAAAUUUGGUCGCGAACUCCGCUUCCUGAAAGAGCCCAUCAUGUGGUAUCUUGCAACAGAACAUGCCCACUCCGGCCCCAUCGCUGAAACUACCUUGGACGAUGCACUCUUAGCCAUACUGGACGGACCACAGAUUCGAGAGGAUGUGGUCGAAAAGACGGACUCGAAUGGGUUCAGGAUGACUGCCUGGUCAGAGUCGUUCGCCCGGCUAUGGCUGCAGCUCCAGGGGCGGCGGUUUUGUGCAUACAACCGCCGCCAUGGCCCGGAGCUUCCAAGAGCUGAAAAGAAGGGAACGGAUGCGUCCAUCAAACGUUCUCAACUACGCGCCCUUCGAGACUUGGGCCGGCGCUUGGCGGGCCGACGGAGGCCUCUACUGCGAGACCUGCUUGGUGACGAGAGCCAGCUGGAGGACACCAAAGCCAUGCAGAACUUUCGGAAGCGGACGGCCUCGCGCGGUGAAGAACUUCGCCGGAGCAAGCAUGCUGCUGUCUUCCGAGCCACCCCUCGGCUCCCUGAUCCUCGGUCAUGUGUUUUGUUCGGGAACGAGCCCGCGCUGCGAUCUCGGAAGCCGGAGUCCUUCUCGCAGGUGUUCAAAGCGUGUUCGGGCAAUGUUGAACUUCAUGCCGGCGCCCGCCUCGUGCCGAACUUGGUGGAAGCCAUGAAGCAGCGUGCUUUGGUGAUUGUUGGCAAUGUCAGUGCCUUUCAAAGCGCCCUGGAAGUGCCGCUGACUUUGGCUGUUGCAACUGCCGGCCUGAGCGUGUGCAACAAGACGACGUAUGAAGCCAACGACGACGCAGUGCUGAUCCAUUUUGCAAAGAAGAAACAAGUAGCAUAUGUGUCGGAGAAAGUGCUGCAAGACAAUCCUGCUCUUGCAGCUGUCGUGGAAGCGGGCUUGGAGAUGGGCACGCUGGUCAUGGGCCAGAAGCCUGCGGACAAGAGAGAGGCGGACUCCGUGACGGUGGAUUCAUUUUGGCAAGCCCGAUCCGUGGCCAGACAGCUGCUGAGCGUCAAGCGCAGAACGGAAACUGUCAGCAUGCCUGGCGUUGCUUUGCAAGAUGGGCGCCCCACCACGAAGGAGUCCUUGCGGGCGCAGUUGCAGCGCAUGUUCGUUUCUCGACCCUGA